AUGCCCAAACAAACGCAAGCCUUUACCACCACCGCAACCACAAGCUCCUCGAUGAACCAUGUAACCAUUCCUCCUCAACAACAACAACAACAACAACAACUGGUCAAUCCAGAAAUUUCCGAAUAUCUACUCAAUGUAAAUUCUGUUGAAGAAGAGUUUCAUCCUAUAAGUUGUCUGAACUGUAAAAAACUUCAUAAAAAAUGUAACAAGAAACUGCCACAAUGCGAUCGAUGCGUUUCUAAAGGAAUUUCAUGUCAAUAUCCUGAUCCUAAAAAGACCAAGAAGAAUACGUUAUCUUCGGGAUCUACUCUAAAUGAAAAUACUCUUGCUGCUACACUCAAGAAUCAAAACACUCAUCUCUCGAAACGCAAUGUUCUUGAUUUGUAUUAUUCUGUCAUUUGUCAUUGUCAUGCCAAUGCAGUGAUUGAAAGAAAUCAAUUUGAAAAUUAUAUUUUAUAUAGAAAUUUAGAUGAUGAAAAUCAACCAGAUGAAAUCAAAGCCAUCAAUUGUUUAUAUUUGAGUAUUCAAGCAUUGGCUGAACAGAGAUGUGGUUUAUCGGAAUUGGCAGAAGAGAGCGCAACAAAGGCAAGAACUUGUUUGAGUAAGAUUUUUGAUUUUCAUACCAACUUUUAUGUUACUUGUGCCUAUGUAUAUUUGGCAUUGUUUGAGUCUGGAAAUGGUAGAUUUAGAAAUGCAAGAUAUUAUCUUCACAAUUCACAUUUCUAUUUUGAAGAACUAAAGAAUGUUCAACUCACACCAGAACAAGUUUCUCUCACUAAAACUAAAAUCUUUGUGGAAUGUCAAUGUAAUGAAAGUAGAGAUGAAGUGAGUGAAAUGAUGAGAGACUUACCAACCAUGUUUUAUCUUGCCACUGGAAAGAUGCUUCCUUCUCAAUGGUCUAAAUUAUUAGUUUUAGAUGAUGUCAAUACUCUCAAUGUUGCCAAUCGACUCCGAGCUGCUGAAAUUGUUUCUGGAACAAGCCAUAAAAAUCUCAGAGAAUUAGCUCCACCCGAAUUUAGAAAAGAUCAUAACAGUAAUUUAUGUGAUACUUCCUACACAAUGAUUAUAUGUGGAUUGAGAAUUGGAAUAUUAUCCAAAGUGGGUUGCGGAAAACAAUUAAUUGAAGAAUCUGCUCUCAAAAUUACAUAUUUAACACAAGCUCCAAAUUUUGCACUCGUUGCUCCAAAUAUGGUAGUCUAUGUAGCAGUUGCAGCAAUGAUUCAUUUACAUUUAGUUCGUUUAAUUAACAGUGGACAACGUGCUAACAAUCAAAUAGGUUUAUUGAGUGAUGGUAGAAAAGGUCCAGUGAAUUAUCAUGAAGUUCUUUCAAUGGAUUUACAAGCAUUGAAAUUAUUGGCAACAAGAUUUAAGAAAGUUUCUGUCACGUAUGGAUCAUUGAUGCAGGAAAUUGAAAAGAAUAUUCCCAAGACCAUUAUUGAUAAUUUGGAAUCUAAACAAAAAGAAAAGAAGGACUUUAAUAUUUCAAAGAUUCAAGAAACAUCGAUAACUUUUUUAAACGAAAACAAUCAGAUUAUACAUGCACCAUUGAGAGAAAUUGAGGAUGGAAAGUUGGAAAACUUUGAGGUGAUUCAACAUGCAGAAUUGACAUUGGAGCAAGAAGCUAGAAAAUUGAUCAUGAUGAAUCAACAACAGCAACAACAAUCUCUUUUUCAACAACCUAAUAAUGGAGGAACAACUCUCAACCCAACUGUUGUUCCUCAAAGUACAAUACUACAACAACAACAACAAUUAUUGCAACCACCACCUCUUUCACAACAAUCCAUUUCAUCGAUACAAUUGCAACAACAACAACAACAAUUACAACAAUCACUACUACAUUCAUCAUUCACCUCUAAUCACCCCAAUUACAUGCAUGCGCCAACUGUCGCCACACCUACCCUUAAUACUAUUGCCUACAAUAACAACAACUCAAAUAACCUCCUAUACACUACCUUGCCAUAUAUUGAUCCAACCAUAUUGAAUGCUAAUGGUACAGCUCAAACUCCUAAUACGGUCACCAGUGCUUCAUCCUCUUCUGACACGUCUUUUGAAGGAUUAAAUCCACAACCCGAACAACACGUGUCCUCUGAUGAAGACGACAACACUUUCGAAGAUCUAUUGCUGGAUGAAUUGAUGCAAAACAAUGAAGAUUUCGAUCCAUUUCUCGAGUAUGACGAUCUAGAUACCAUAUUCGAUCCUUCAACUUACGUGGCAGAGGAAUAA